CCGCUCCUCCGCGUGCCGUCGGGCGUGCGCACUUGGCGCCCGGAGCAGGGGGUGCGGGAGAGCGGGAGGGAGGAGCGGGAGAGGGGGGGCCGCAGCGCCCUUGGCUCCCUCCCUCUGAGGAGCCGCCGCCGCUCCGCCGCCGCCGCCGCCGCCGCUGCUCCCGCCGCCAUUUUGGGUUCGCUUUGCGGAGGGGGAGACGAUCCCCGUUUUGGGCGCGGGACCCGCCUCCCCUCAGUUUCCCCUUUGAGCCCUACGUCUUGCCCUUCUCUUUCGCCUUCCGCCAGUCCGCUCGCCCGCUGGCCGCCUCCUGACAAGGCGGGAGAGAGCCGCUGUGGACUAAGGAAAGCGGAGGCGCCUGGCGGCCACCCCCUCAUCCCCACUUCCCUGCACUCUCAUCGCUCUCGGCCUCGGCCUCUGACACGUUUUUUCCAUUAUUAGAAUGAAGAGACUUCUAACUGGGCGCAGGGAUGCACGCCUGUAAUCCCAGCACUUGGGAGGCUGAGGGAGGAGGAUUGCUGCAAGUUCAAGGCCAGCCUGGGCUACAUAGUGAGACACUGUCUCAAAACACAACAACAACAAAAAAUGAAGAGACUUGUGCCUCUCCCAGACCCUUCUCUAAUGUUUUGAUAGUGAAUAAAUGCAGAGAAACAGAUGCUGGUUACAAGUUUUGGAAAUCCCUGUUUUUUAUGGAAUACAAUUCUAUAAAAUUUUCAUAAGAUUCGUUGGCAAUAACAUACACUUGUGAUGGACCCUAGAAAUACUGCUAUGUUAGGAUUGGGUUCUGAUUCCGAAGGUUUUUCAAGAAAGAGUCCUUCUGCCAUCAGUACUGGCACACUGGUAAGCAAGAGAGAAGUAGAGGCAGAGAACAACACAGAGUGUGAGGAAGAGGAUCUUCGCAAGCGGAGUCGAGAGAGAAACAUCGAAGCAGGGAAGGAUGAUGGUUUGACUGGUGCACAGCAGCAGUUUUCUGUGAAAGAAACAAACUUUUCAGAGGGAAAUUUAAAAUUGAAAAUUGGCCUUCAGGCUAAGAGAACUAAAAAACCUCCAAAGAACUUGGAGAAUUAUGUGUGUCGACCCGCCAUAAAAACAACUAUCAAGCACCCAAGGAAAGCACUUAAAAGUGGGAAGAUGACAGAUGAAAAGAAUGAACACUGUCCUUCAAAACGGGACCCUUCAAAGUUGUACAAGAAAGCAGGUGAUGUUGCAGCCAUUGAAUGCCAAUCUGAAGAAAGCAUCUAUCUUCAUUUACAGGGAGAAAAUAAUCUAUCUAAGAAACUUUCUCCAGUACACUCAGAAAUGGCAGAUUACAUUAAUGCAACACCAUCUACACUUGUUGGUAGCCGGGAUCCUGAUUUAAAGGACAGAUCAUUACUUAAUGGAGGAACUAGUGUAACAGAAAAGUUGGCACAGCUCAUUGCUACUUGUCCUCCUUCCAAGUCUUCCAAGACAAAACCGAAGAAGCUAGGAACUGGCGCUACAGCUGGAUUGGUUAGCAAGGAUUUGAUCAGGAAAGCAGGCAUAGGCUCUGUAGCUGGAAUAAUACAUAAGGACUUAAUUAAAAAACCAGCUAUCAGCACAGGAGUUGGAUUGGUAACUAAAGAUCUUGGGAAAAAAACAGUGUUUAAUGCAGCAGUAGGAUUGGUCAAUAAGGACACUGUGAAAAAACUGGGAGCUGGCACUACAGCGGUAUUCAUUAAUAAAGACUUAGGCAAAAAGCCAGGGACUAUCACUACAGUAGGACUGCUGAGCAAGGAUACGGGAAAGAAGCUAGGAAUUGGUAUUGUUCCAGGUUUAGUGAAUAAGGAGUCUGGCAAGAAGUUAGGACUUGGCACUGUGGUUGGAUUGGUUAAUAAAGACUUGGGGAAGAAAUUGGGUUCUGCUGUUGGCCUAGUGGCCAAGGAUUGUGGGAAGAAGAUUGUUCCAAGUUCAGCAAUGGGAUUGGUUAAUAAGGACAUUGGAAAAAAACUAGUGAGUUGUCCUGUGGCGGGACUGGUCAGUAAAGAUGCCAUAAACCUUAAAGCUGAAGCACUGCUCCCCACUCAGGAACAACUGAAGGCUUCUUGUAGUACAACCAUCAAUAAUCAUGAAAGUCAAGAUCUUUCUGAAUCUCUGAAAGACAGUGCCACCAGCAAAACUUUUGAGAAGAAUAUUAUACGGCAGAGUAAAGAAAACAUAUUGGAAAAGUUCUCAGUCCGAAAAGAAAUCAUUAAUUUGGAGAAAGAAAUGUUUAAUGAAGGAACAUGCAUUCAGCAAGACAGUUUCUCAUCCAGUGAAAGGGGAUCUUUUGAAACCUCAAAGCAUGAAAAGCAACCUCCCAUAUAUUGCACUUCUCCAGACUUUCAAAUGGGAGGUGCUUCUGAUGCAUCUACAGCUAAAUCCCCUUUUAGUGCAGUAGGAGAAAGCAGUCUCCCUUCCCCAUCACCUACCAUAUCUAUUAAUCCUUUAACAAGAAGUCCCCCUGAAACUUCUUCACAGUUGGCUCCUAAUCCUUUACUUUUAAGUCCCACCACAGAUCUAAUGGAAGAAAUUUCUGAAUCUGUUGGAAAGAACCAGUUUACUUCUGAAAGUACCCACCUGAAUGUCGGUCAUAGGUCAAUGGGUCAUAGCAUAAGUAUUGAGUGUAAAGGAAUUGAUAAAGAGCUAAAUGAUUCAAAAACUACACAUAUUGAUAUUCCAAGAAUAAGCUCUUCCCUAGGAAAAAAGCCAGGUUUGACUGAAUCCAGUAUUCAUACAAUUACUCCUUCAGUUGUGAACUUCACUAGUUUAUUUAGCAACAAACCUUUUCUAAAACUUGGUGCAGUAACUGCAUCAGACAAACACUGCCAAGUUGCUGAAAGCCUAAGCACUAGUUUGCAGUCCAAACCUUUAAAAAAAAGAAAAGGACGAAAACCUCGGUGGACUAAAGUGGUAGCAAGAAGCACAUGUCGGUCUCCCAAAGGGCUAGAAUUAGAAAGAGCAGAGCUUUUUAAAAAUGUUUCAUGUAGCUCACUAUCAAAUAGUAAUUCUGAGCCAGCCAAGUAUAUGAAAAACAUUGGAUCAUCUUCAUUUGUCGAUCAUGACUUCCUUAAACGCCGAUUGCCAAAGUUGAGCAAAUCUGCAGCUCCUUCUCUCGCUCUCUUAACUGAUAGUGAUAAACCAUCUCAUAAGUCAUUUGCUACCCACAAACUAUCCUCCAGUAUGUGUGUCUCUAGUGACUUUUUGUCUGAUCUUUAUAAGCCCAAAAGAGGAAGACCUAAAUCUAAAGAGAUGCCUCAACUAGAAGGUCCACCUAAAAGGACUUUAAAAAUCCCUGCCUCCAAAGUUUUUUCUUUACAAUCUAAGGAAGAGCAAGAGCCCCCAAUUUUACAGCCAGAAAUUGAAAUUCCUUCCUUCAAACAAAGUCUUUCUGUAUCUCCUUUUCCAAAAAAGAGAGGCAGACCUAAAAGGCAAAUGAGGUCACCGGUCAAGAUGAAGCCACCUGUACUAUCAGUAGCUCCAUUUGUUGCCGCUGAAAGUCCAAGCAAGCUAGAGUCUGAAAGUGAAAACCAUAGAAGUGGCAGUGAUUUCUUUGAGAGUGAAGAUCAGCUUCAGGAUCCAGAUGAUUUAGAUGACAGUCAUAGGCAAAAUGUCUGUAGUAUGAGUGACCUUGAGAUGGAACCGGAUAAAAAAAUUACUAAGAGAAACAAUGGACAAUUAAUGAAAACAAUUAUCCGCAAAAUAAAUAAAAUGAAGACUUUAAAGAGAAAGAAACUGUUGAAUCAGAUACUUUCAAGUUCUGUAGAAUCAAGUAAUAAAGGGAAAGUGCAAUCCAGACUCCAUAAUACAGUAUCAAAUCUUGCUGCCACAUUUGGCUCUAAAUUGGGCCAACAGAUAAAUGUCAGCAAGAAAGGAACCAUUUACAUAGGAAAGAGAAGGGGUCGCAAACCAAAAACUGUCUUAAAUGGCAUCCUUUCUGGUAGCCCUACUAGCCUUGCUGUUCUUGAGCAAACAGCUCAGCAGGCAGCUGGGUCUGCAUUAGGACAGAUCCUGCCCCCUUUAUUGCCUUCAUCUGCUAGUAGUUCUGAGAUUCUUCCAUCGCCUAUUUGCUCACAGUCUUCUGGGACUAGUGGAGGUCAGAGCCCUGUAAGUAGCGAUGCAGGCUUUGUCGAACCCAGCUCAGUGCCAUAUUUGCAUUUACACUCUAGACCAGGCAGUAUGAUUCAGACCCUUGCGAUGAAAAAGGCGUCAAAGGGGAGGAGGCGAUUAUCUCCUCCUACUUUGUUGCCGAAUUCUCCUUCGCACUUGAGUGAACUCACAUCUCUGAAAGAAGCUACUCCUUCUCCAAUCAGUGAGUCUCAUAGUGAUGAGACCAUUCCCAGUGAUAGUGGAAUUGGAACAGAUAAUAACAGCACAUCAGAUAGGGCAGAGAAAUUUUGUGGACAAAAAAAGAGGAGGCAUUCUUUUGAGCAUGUUUCUCUGAUGCCCCCUGAAACAUCUACAGUCUUAAGCAGUUUUAAAGAAAAACAUAAACACAAAUGUAAGCGCAGGAGUCAUGAUUACCUCAGUUAUGACAAGAUGAAAAGGCAGAAACGAAAACGGAAAAAGAAAUAUCCCCAACUUCGAAAUAGACAGGAUCCAGACUUUAUUGCAGAGCUGGAGGAACUAAUAAGUCGUCUAAGUGAAAUUCGGAUCACUCACCGAAGUCAUCAUUUUAUCCCCCGAGACCUUCUGCCAACUAUUUUUCGAAUCAAUUUUAAUAGUUUCUAUACACAUCCUUCUUUUCCUUUAGACCCUUUGCACUACAUUCGAAAACCUGACUUAAAAAAGAAAAGAGGGAGGCCCCCUAAGAUGAGGGAGGCAAUGGCUGAAAUGCCUUUUAUGCACAGCCUUAGUUUUCCUCUUUCUAGUACUGGAUUCUAUCCCUCUUACAGCAUGCCUUAUUCUCCUUCACCCCUUACAGCUGCUCCUAUAGGAUUAGGUUACUAUGGAAGAUAUCCUCCCACUCUUUAUCCACCUCCUCCAUCUCCAUCUUUUACCACCCCACUUCCACCUCCUUCCUACAUGCAUGCUGGUCAUUUACUUCUUAAUCCCACUAAAUACCAUAAGAAAAAGCAUAAGCUGCUUCGACAGGAGGCUUUCCUUACAACCAGCAGGACUCCUCUCCUUUCCAUGAGUACUUACCCCAGUGUACCUCCUGAAAUGGCCUACGGUUGGAUGGUCGAGCACAAACAUAGGCACCGUCACAAACACAGAGAACACCGUUCUUCUGAACAACCCCAGGUUUCCAUGGACACUGGCUCUUCCAGAUCAGUCCUGGAAUCUUUGAAGCGCUAUCGAUUUGGAAAGGAUACUGUUGGAGAGCGGUAUAAGCAUAAGGAAAAGCACCGGUGUCACAUGUCCUGCCCUCAUCUGUCUCCCUCAAAGAGCUUAAUAAACAGAGAAGAGCAGUGGGUCCACCGAGAAGCUUCAGAAUCUAGUCCAUUAGCCUUGGGAUUGCAGACACCUUUACAAAUUGACUGUUCAGAAAGUUCUCCAAGUUUGUCCCUUGGAGGAUUCACUCCUAACUCUGAGCCAGCCAGCAGCGAUGAACAUACAAACCUUUUCACAAGUGCAAUAGGCAGCUGCAGAGUUUCAAACCCUAACUCCAGUGGCCGGAAGAAAUUAACUGACAGCCCUGGACUCUUUUCUGCACAAGACACUUCACUAAAUCGGCCUCACAGAAAGGAGCCACUGCCUUCCAGUGAAAGGGCAAUACAGACGUUGACAGGUUCCCAGUCAACCUCAGAUAAACCUUCCCAGCGACCAUCAGAGAGCACAAACUGUAGCCCUACCCGGAAGAGGUCUUCAUCUGAGAGCACUUCUUCAACAGUAAAUGGAGUUUCCUCUCGAAGUCCAAGAUUGGUUGCUUCCAUGGAUGACUCUGUAGAUAGUCUACUACAGCGGAUGGUACAACAUGAGGACCAAGAGCCCAUGGAGAAAAACACUGAUUCUGUGAUUACAACUGCCUCUGCACCACCUUCCUCCAGCCCAGGCCGUAGCCACAGCAAGGAGCGAACCCUGGGAAAACCAGACAGUCUUCUAGUGCCUGUAGUCCCGAGUGACUCUUGUAGUAACAGCAUCUCACUCCUUUCUGAAAAGUUAACCACAAGCAGCUGUUCCCCCCAUCAUAUCAAGAGAAGUGUAGUGGAAGCUAUGCAGCGCCAAGCUCGGAAAAUGUGCAAUUAUGACAAAAUCUUGGCCACCAAGAAAAACCUGGACCAUGUCAAUAAAAUUUUAAAAGCCAAAAAACUUCAAAGGCAGGCCAGGACAGGGAAUAACUUUGUGAAACGCAGACCCGGUCGACCUCGAAAAUGUCCCCUCCAGGCUGUGGUAUCAAUGCAAGCAUUCCAGGCUGCCCAGUUUGUCAGCCCAGAAUUGAAUGAAGGUGAAGAGGAAACGCCACUGCAUCUCAGUCCUGAUACAGUUACUGAUGUGAUUGAGGCUGUUGUUCAGAGUGUAAACUUGAACUCAGAGCAUAAGAAGGGGUUGAAGAGGAAAAAUUGGAUGUUAGAUGAACAGGCCAGGAAAAAGCAGAAGCCGUUACCAGAGGAGGAAGAGCAAGAAAAUAAUAAAAGCUUUACAGAAGCACAAGUUGAGAUUCCCAGUCCUCCUGAAACCCCAGCCAAACCUCCUGAACCUGAAAGUACCUUGCAGCCUGUGCUGUCUCUUAUCCCAAGGGAAAAGAAGGCCCCUCGUCCCCCAAAAAAGAAGUAUCAGAAGGCUGGGCUAUAUUCUGAUGUUUACAAAACUACAGAUCCAAAGAGCCGAUUGAUCCAGUUAAAGAAAGAAAAGCUGGAGUACACUCCAGGAGAGCAUGAAUAUGGAUUAUUUCCAGCCCCCAUUCAUGUUGGAAAGUAUCUAAGGCAAAAGAGAAUUGACUUCCAGCUUCCCUAUGACAUCCUCUGGCAGUGGAAACACAAUCAGUUGUACAAAAAGCCAGAUGUCCCAUUGUAUAAAAAAAUUCGUUCAAAUGUCUACGUUGAUGUCAAGCCCCUUUCUGGUUAUGAGGCUACCACCUGUAACUGUAAGAAGCCAGAUGAUGACACCAGGAAGGGCUGUGUGGACGACUGCCUCAACAGAAUGAUUUUUGCUGAGUGUUCCCCCAACACCUGCCCCUGUGGUGAACAGUGCUGUAACCAGAGAAUACAAAGGCAUGAAUGGGUACAGUGUCUAGAACGAUUUCGAGCUGAGGAAAAAGGUUGGGGAAUCAGAACCAAAGAACCCCUAAAAGCUGGGCAGUUCAUCAUUGAAUACCUAGGGGAGGUUGUCAGCGAACAAGAGUUCAGGAACAGGAUGAUUGAGCAGUAUCAUAAUCACAGUGACCACUACUGCCUGAACCUGGAUAGUGGGAUGGUGAUUGACAGUUACCGCAUGGGAAAUGAGGCCAGAUUCAUCAACCACAGCUGUGACCCAAAUUGUGAAAUGCAGAAAUGGUCUGUUAAUGGAGUAUACCGGAUUGGAUUGUAUGCACUUAAAGAUAUGACAGCUGGAACUGAACUUACUUAUGAUUACAACUUUCAUUCCUUCAAUGUUGAGAAACAGCAACUCUGUAAGUGUGGCUUUGAGAAAUGUCGAGGAAUCAUCGGAGGCAAGAGUCAACGCAUGAAUGGACUUCCCAGCAGCAAAAGUACCCAGCCUGUGACCACACAUAAAAAGUCUGCACGGUCGAAAGAAAAGAGAAAGUCUAAGCACAAGCUCAAGAAAAGGAGAGGCCAUCUCUCUGAAGAGCCCAGUGAAAACAUCAAUACCCCAACAAGAUUGACCCCUCAAUUACAGAUGAAGCCAAUGUCCAAUCGAGAGAGGAACUUUGUAUUAAAGCAUCACGUGUUCUUAGUCCGAAAUUGGGAGAAGAUUCGUCAGAAACAGGAGGAAGUAAAGCACACCAGUGAUAAUAUUCACUCAUCAUCAUUGUAUACCCGUUGGAAUGGCAUCUGCCGAGAUGAUGGGAAUAUUAAAUCAGAUGUCUUCAUGACCCAGUUCUCUGCCCUGCAGACAGCUCGAUCGGUUCGAACAAGACGGUUGGCAGCUGCAGAGGAGAACAUUGAAGUAGCUCGGGCAGCACGCCUAGCCCAGAUCUUCAAAGAGAUCUGUGAUGGUAUCAUCUCUUACAAAGAUUCUUCCCGACAAACACUGGCAGCUCCACUUUUGAACCUCCCCUCAAAGAAAAAGAACGCUGACUAUUAUGAGAAGAUCUCUGACCCUCUAGAUCUGAUCACCAUAGAAAAGCAGAUUCUCAUUGGUUAUUAUAAGACAGUGGAAGCUUUUGAUGCUGACAUGCUCAAGGUCUUUCGGAAUGCUGAGAAGUACUACGGGCGUAAAUCCCCAAUUGGAAGAGGUGUUUGCCGCCUACGUAAGGCCUAUUACAAUGCCCGGCAUGAGGCAUCAGCCCAGAUUGACGAGAUUGUGGGAGAAACAGCAAGUGAAGCGGACAGCAGUGAAACCUCAGUCUCUGAGAAAGAGAACGGGCAUGAGAAGGACGAUGACAUUAUCCGCUGUAUCUGUGGCCUCUACAAGGAUGAAGGCCUCAUGAUCCAGUGUGACAAAUGCAUGGUGUGGCAGCACUGUGAUUGUAUGGGUGUGAACUCAGAUGUGGAGCACUAUCUUUGUGAGCAGUGUGACCCCAGGCCUGUGGACAGGGAGGUACCCAUGAUCCCACGGCCCCACUAUGCCCAGCCCGGCUGUGUCUACUUCAUCUGCUUGCUUCGAGACGACCUGCUGCUUCGUCAAGGUGACUGUGUGUAUCUGAUGAGGGACAGUCGGCGCACCCCCGAUGGCCACCCUGUCCGGCAGUCCUAUCGACUGUUAUCUCACAUUAACCGAGAUAAACUUGACAUCUUCCGCAUCGAGAAGCUUUGGAAGAAUGAAAAAGAGGAAAGGUUUGCCUUUGGUCACCAUUAUUUCCGUCCCCAUGAAACCCACCACUCUCCAUCCCGUCGGUUCUAUCACAAUGAGCUCUUUCGGGUGCCGCUCUAUGAGAUCAUUCCCUUGGAGGCUGUAGUGGGGACCUGCUGUGUGCUGGACCUCUAUACUUAUUGCAAAGGGAGACCCAAAGGAGUAAAGGAACAAGAUGUGUACAUCUGUGAUUAUCGGCUGGACAAGUCAGCACACCUGUUUUACAAGAUCCAUCGGAACCGCUAUCCUGUCUGCACCAAACCCUAUGCCUUUGAUCACUUCCCUAAGAAGCUCACUCCUAAGAGAGAUUUCUCACCUCACUAUGUUCCAGACAACUACAAGAGGAAUGGAGGGAGAUCAUCUUGGAAGUCUGAGCGCUCAAAGCCACCCCUGAAAGACCUGGGCCAGGAGGACGAUGCUCUGCCCCUGAUUGAAGAGGUGCUGGCCAGUCAGGAGCAAGCAGCCAGUGAGAUGCCAAGCCUGGAGGAGCCCGAGCGGGAGGGCACGCCUGCUGAGGUCGGCGAGGGUGAGAAGAAACUAGAGGAAAGUGCUCAGGAUCCCCAGCCAGCCUGUACCCCUGAGGAACGACGGCAUAGCCAGCGGGAACGACUCAACCAGAUCUUGCUCAAUCUCCUUGAAAAAAUCCCUGGGAAAAACGCCAUCGAUGUUACUUACUUGCUGGAAGAAGGAUCAGGCAGGAAACUGCGCAGACGUACUUUGUUCAUCCCAGAAAGCGGCUUUCGGAAGUGACCCUCAAAGAAUGAGAACCUCGAGCAUCUGGGAUCCAGUGGAGCCAGUCAGUCCUGCCUCCUGCUCUCUGGAUGUAGGCUGGGGCAGGAAGGUCCACCCAGGCAAUGGGAAUGGGGCCAUGUUGUUAUUAGGUACUCAGAGCAAGUGGAGAGGCAGAGGAAGAUCCCUUUGAUCUGUCUGAGGCGGCUCAAGUUUAAUUAAUUUCCUCUCCAUUGCUUCACCCUAAGGCUUAAUGCAGAGAAGAGGGAGGACCACACUGGGGAUGACCAGAACCUGUUGGUACUUUACAAAACUUCCUUUCCCCACAGCUUGGGUUUUUCUGGAUCAUCCUCUGAUCCCACAGCACGGCUAAGAUGCUGCUUCCUGUACCCAGGUAUAACUCAGCAUCCGAAGGGAAAGGCCAAGGUCCCCAGCCCUCCCCUGUCCUCUGUUGGCUCUAAGAGCUGCCCAGACCUAGGACACAGAUGGUGGCUAGGGCUCUUCCCAGUUCCUUGGCUGGGUAAGUCCCUCUCCUUUCGUGCCCGGCCAGGUCCAAAGUAAAACAGGAGCUGACACUCAAAGGACUUGUCGCGGCUGCCCUCCCUACCUCUGCUCCCCAGAACAGAAUCAGGCCUGGGAAGGCCCCCCGUGGGCUCAGAAGGUCGGUCCUCAUCAUUGUUUUUGUUGUACUUUCAUCACCUGCGGAGUAUGGUUUUGUUUGUUUCCCUGAGGAAGCCAGGCCCCGCAGCACAGCGCCGCCCUGAUGCACCGUGGCUCCUGUGUGUCUGCUGCGCUGUGCCAGUGAAGACCCACUCCAGACCGGUCAUGUUAGCCACACUACACUGCUCUCUUCCUCCCACAGGCCACCACAGACUGCUCGGCAGCAUUCACCGCCCGAGUAUUUGUCGUGAGUGUAGAUUUAUCAGUUGAAAACACUACACUGUUUUCUUAAUUGUACAGUUUUGAUGUCCAUCUCUCUGAGAGCCAGGGUGCUCUCUCUCACUCCCAGCCCCUCUCCCUCUGCCCUCCUGAAUGACUUCCUCAUCAGGAGCUAUGUCCAGGGUGUCUCCUCCUGCCCAUGCUCUUGGCCAGAAGCCAGGGCUCUACUGUCUCUUUACAAAUAAAAUUUAAAAAGCUUU